ACUCGGAAACCACCACCACCUUCUCCCACCCUCCGCCCAUGGCCGGCCGCAUCCUCCUCCGCGCCACCGCCCUCGGCCUCGCCGCCGCGACGGCGGGCUCCCUGCACGCCGUGUCCAAGUGGACGCCACCCCGGACACCCCCUCCCUUCGUCCCAUCCGCGAGUCUCAUGCUCAUGGAGUCCGCGCAGGGCCUCCAGGCCGCCCUGCUCGGCGCGCACCCGCUCUCCGGCGCGCACCUCAGCGACGUCCGCGCCCGCGCCGAGCAAGACCUCACGCGCAUCGACGCGGAGGGCGCCGAGGGCGACCCAACCGCGGCCGCCGACCUCCGCCUCCUCCUCGCGCUCCUCGCCGCGCGUGACGGGCGCACUGACGAGGCCCUGAGGCUCUACGCGGAGGCUGCCCGCGACUGCCCGUUCGAUCGCCGCCCCCGCGCCCUCGCAUACCAGAUCUCCCUCCUCGCCGGGCGCAUGGACGAGGUCGCGCGGUGGAAAUCAGCCUACCGCCGCCUCGUCCCGAUCGACGACUCCACCCCCCCGGGAUUCGAGUCCCACGAGACGAGGGAGCUCAUCCGCGAGCUGGCGGUCGCGGCGACGCUGGGCGGCGUGUACAACCUCACCUACCCGCAGGAGAGGCGGUUACUCAUGCAUGCGGCAUGCGGUGCGGUGGACAAAGGGCUGGUCGCUGCGCUGCAGGACAAGACGCUGUCCACGUCGGAGAGGCUUCAGCUCCUCGCGCUGCACGUGUACCUGCAGGCCAAGGUGCGGCUCCUCGUGAGGAAGGAGCAGCGGGACAUGGCCGACGCAGCUUCGGUUUCUUGAUUCUAGGUUGAUGGAGUUACUUCGAAGAUCAUGUUCGAACUGAGGCAGCAGUAGCAGUUUUCAGGUUCGCGAUUGUCUACUGUAGGCAGCAAUGUUCAACUUGC